UUUUGUGACGCCUCAGAGAAGGCAUAUUGCGCUACUAUCUAUGUGCGCACGCAAAGUGACACCACGACCACAAGCCACUUAUUAGUAGCAAAAGCAAAGGUGGCACCUUUAAAAACUGUAAGUCUCCCACGACUUGAGUUAUGUGGCGCACUACUACUUUCAAAAUUAGUAGCCAUGGUGCAAAAGCAUUUAAAUAUGACAAAAUGCAAACUAUAUAUGUGGUCCGAUUCCGAAAUUGUACUAGCCUGGUUGGAAAAACCACCACAUGCAUGGAAGACGUAUAUUUCUAACCGAACGUCUCAAAUUCUUGACCUAGUGGGAUCAGCCACGUGGCGUCACGUAGCCAGUGCUGACAAUCCUGCCGAUCUAGGUACAAGAGGGUGCAAGCCACUGCACCUUGCCACUACCACCCUCUGGUGGAAUGGCCCCCGAUGGUUGAUAGAAUCUCCUGAUUCUUGGCCACAAUCCCCCACGCGUAACAUUAUCGCCCCAGAAGGUCGAAAAAUCGCCACCUUUCACACACUAUUGGAUGAUACCGACAUCCUUGAACGAUUUUCAUCGUUUCCAAGAGCUCUCAGAGUAGUUGCUUACAUGUUCAAAUUUAUAGAACAACUCAAAGGCAAAGUUAAGGGAUCACAUAAUUUCCCAUGCAACACAGUAACGCAUCUAGAGUUACAAAAGGCUAAGGUCGCACUAAUAGCAUAUACACAAGCGCGCUACUUCAACCGCGAUAUAUCAGUACUAAGAGAGUCGAAGCCGAUUGAUAAAAAGAGCUCACUCUUAGUUCUCAACCCAUUUCUGGACACGAAAGGUCUGCUUCGUGCCAAUGGUCGGCUCGCUAAUUCGAGCCUAACAUACAAUGAACGCCACCCCAUAAUAAUUCCAGAGAGGUCACCAUUUGCCACAUUAUUCCUCCACUACAUCCACACCUUAAUGCUACACGCCGAACAUCGUCUCAUGCAACAGAUGGUACGCCAGGAGUAUUAUAUCCCCCGUCUUAAGCCGCAAAUCAAGAAGUGCAUCUUCACAUGCAAGAUUUGCACUAUGCACAAACAGAAGAUGCGAACGCAGAUUAUGGCAGCACUUCCACCGGAACGCUGCAAUUUCGCUCUGCCUUUCACCACAACAGGUGUUGAUUUUGCUGGGCCUUUCCAAGUAAAGGCGUCCAUGUUAAGGUCUCCCACUCUCAUGAAAGGCUAUGUGGCUGUCUUUGUAUGUUUCACGACAAAGGCAGUACAUCUUGAGCUAUGUAGUAAUCUGACGACGGAUGCUUUUCUCGCGGCAUUUGCUCGCUUCGUCGCUCGACGUGGCUACCCAUCAAAGAUCAUGAGCGACAAUGGCAAAACGUUCAUUGGAGCUCAACGAGCCACCGAAAAGCAAUUUGUGAAUUUCCUAAAACAAGUGUCACCCGACAUCGUACAAAAGUACGCCCCUCAAGGUAUCAACUGGCAAUUUAUACCCCCAAGCGCUCCUCAUAUGGGCGGUUUAUGGGAGUCAGCUGUGAAAAGCUUCAAAUCCCAUUUCAAACGGGUAGCUGGAAAUUAUAAAUUCAAUUACGAAGAGUUCACGACGCUAUUAAAUCGAAUUGAAGCCGUUCUCAACUCACGGCCACUCACAGUACUAUCGCAAGACCCCUCAGAUUUCACUGCCUUAACUCCAGGGCAUUUUCUAAAAGGAGCACCCAUCCUGGCCAUUCCUGAGCCAGGCGUGGAGUCGCUAUCUCUAUUAAAUCGAUGGGAACGAAUUAAAAUUCUCCAUCAUGAUUUCAGCCGCCGAUGGAAGGACGAAUAUAUAAAGGAUCUCCACAAAAGAUACCGCUGGAAGACCCCUGAACAGCCGCCUAAACUUGGAGACUGCGUCCUCAUUCAUGAUGAUUGUCUACCCCCUACUGAGUGGCGGCUUGGCCGCAUAGAAAAGCUACAUUACGGCUCCGACGGUCACAUACGAGUCGUGGAUCUCCGUACCCAAAACGGAACACUAACCAGACCGCUCGUGAAGCUGUGUUUUUUACCAACCACCGACAACCGCGAAUCCGAAAACCGCAAAAACAAACCGAUAUUAUCGUGUCCCAAUCAGCUAAUCAAAUGAAAACGAGAAAUACGCCAAUACCAACCGUUACAAAAAUAACAACCGUCCGAACAUAACAAACCGUGAAUAAAAAUAACGAACCAUAAAUAAAAUUAACAAACCGUAAAGAAAACUAACAAAAAUGGUCGAUCCAUACGACGGCCCAUUCAUGCCACAUAUCGUGGCACGAUUGCCAAUAUCCAAUUGUAUGACAACUUUCUAAUUAACAAUCUCCUUUAUACAUAGAUCACCAUGGAUGUAGACACAUCAGUCGCAACCUCGUCGACCGCUCGGGCUAUCAAUACGCCACGCACCGGGCCUACACCAGCGCCCCGAACUGUGGCUGCAACAACGCCGGCAACUACACCGGCAACAACGCCGGCAACUGCACCGGCAACAACGCCGGCACCUGUACCGCCAACCGCGCCCGCAGCGGUGCUUACCCCCGCACCUCGUGGUGGCACCCGACCACCAUCGACUGCAGCGAGGACGUCAGAGACCCGUCGGAUAAGGUGUCCCAUCUGUCGACGCCCUCAUCGUCUCCACCAUUGUGGAAUAUUUAGGGGAAUGCGGCCUUUGCAACGGCAGCAAGUGGCUCAGGCCCACGGGCAUUGCCUCAAUUGCCUGUCGCACACUCAUGCGACUACAGAGUGUGAGUCACGUGGGCUGUGCCAACUGUGCCACCGGCCGCAUCACACGCUGCUACACCGCAGCUCGUCACGCGAAGUGAUUCGGCCAACCAACCAUCGCGGCCGCAUGCCCCGAGGCCAACCCGCAGCUCGUUCCGCACCCCAGCGGAGUGCAACAUCACUGCGGCGUCGACAGCCUGGGCCACCAUCGCGUCGAUCUACGGGUCUGAGCAGCGUUGUGGCAACGCUGCAAACAGCUGCAGCGCCUUUUAGGCUAAACAGUCGUUUAGGGGGGCCGGGAUGGCUAAAUGAGCACCUGACCCCCCUCUAAAUAUAAUAUAACUACACCCCACACAUACACACCAUAAUCAACACAUCUUCACCCCACACUGCACAUCCUAUACUCAACACAUUGGCAUCAUGCGGAUCAUUUCCGGUCAUCCCACACUACGUCCCACACUCAACACAUCAUCUUUUACACCACACCUUUCGCACCACACAUGAGGACACCACACACAAUCAACAAAAGGAACGGGCGGACGAGGCCAAGCCUCUUUUUCAUACGAUCCGCGCGCAUAUACGGUUCUCCGUCAAACAACCAAGUUUUCUUUUUCUGCAAUCGACCGCAACGUCAUCGCCCAAUCAAAGGUUUAAGUUCGCCGAGUCUAACGAAGUUGCUACCUAGCGCUUUUCUCACGUUAACCAGAUUAUCUCCUGCAAAGGCUAAUGAACGACAGAAAAGUAUGAAGUCUCGUUUAAACCAGGACGUUUUAGAAAGUUAGUUUGGCGUAAAUAGGCUAAAAGGCGGUCUUCACGAUCACCCUGACAGGAAGGAGUAUCAUUAUUAUUAAUUAUCAAAAUAUUAAACGUACAUAGUAUUAUAAACCUAAAACUACAGAAAACAUUCUUAUAUAAAAAUGUAUUGAUGUUAACAAAUGCAAAUAUGUACUUACAUACAAACUAAGUUUUUGCAUACUAACCUUUGUUUCUUAUCCUAAAUGUAAUAAUAAUCUUAACUAACAAUUUAUUCCAUUUAUUUAUACGCAUGUAUGUAUGUUUAUUAUAUUUUUCCAGGUAAUAUUUUUCAACGUGUGUCAGUUGAUCUAAAUUCCGCUGACCCAAUUGAAAAAAAUGAUGACUUGAAGAUUCUCAACAACGACGGGCUUGAAAAUUUGGCAGGGUACAUCUGCCACAAACUUGGUAAAGAUAACCCCGAAAUUUGUGCCAAUUCAGAAAAUUGUUCAUCUUAUACUUGGAUGGAUCACCUAUCUGAAGGAGGACUCUCAAAACCAACAGAUAUGUUGAUGGAGAAAGCCUUGCAAGCAGUAUUUGACGACUUAAAUGGUACUGAUUUGCAUAUACAUAUGUGCAAACUAGGUCCAGAAGCACUUAGAUUUAAGUAAUUUUGUUAAUUGUAGCACCAAAAUGAAAGAAUUGUUUUUCAGAGCUAAAAUGUAUUUUAGGAUUCGCUCCUUAAAUAAAAACUUAAUUGAAAAUAUGUAAAGCAAAAAAAGAAAAUUAAAUAAGACAAUAAAUUGAUAGUUGGUCACAAAAUAUUCAAUAUUUUUAUUUGCAAAAAUGUAUGUAUAUAGUUGAAACAAACACAGCAAAGAGACAAAAUUAAAUAAUGCAACGAAAAUACCAUGAAUUGAAUAUGUAGGUAAAUGUUCACUAUAAAAUAUUCACUUAUAUUGAUGUUAACUUUUGAUGAUAUUCAUGUUUUUGUAUGCCUGCAAUACAAAAUUGCUUCUUAUUGCAAAGAAUAACAAACAACUGAAAAUCAGCUGAUUGUACGUUGAUCAACCGUGACGUAGAUGCGCAGAACGAACAAAAUUUGAACUCGUCAUUGCGCAAUCUUGUUUCUAUCAUUCUUGGUUGGCCCGGGUAUCGUCCGGGUAAAGUGCUGAACGCAAUACCGACGACAGACGACAAACAACAUCUGUCAAAUAUUAAAAUACACACGUUCUUAUGCAGCUGCACGACUACACGACCGUAGGCCGACGGUUGUCGCUCUCGCUAACUUAAAUUUUCUCCUAUAUUUGCCAACGACAGUAGGUCGACAGUAGAGUUGACAGUAGAAUGGAAGAUAGAGAGAUGAGGAAGAGUGGUGAUGCCACUAAUAUGUUAAAUGUAAAAUUAUUCACAGAUCUUACAAACUUGACGUUAUUUUACAAAUAAAAGCAUAAAAUAGCGCUAUUUUACCAUUUGUAAUAACAAUUGAUAAUUUAAAACAAAUAAAUUUACCUAUUUACUUAUUUUUUGCAUAAAAAACUUCACUUUGAACAAAAUAUUAAAAUUUCAUUCAAGUGCAAGGUAUUAGUGUGGCCACAACGAAAUUGUGUACAUGCAAAAUGGACAACUGCGUUGUCUUGUGUAUAUGCCGGCCAUUGUUAUGUUGCUGCAUUCUUACGAAUGUUCAUGUAGUAAGAUGCACAACCCCAUUUUCAGUUCACUGUCGUGUCGUGUCGUUAGCAUUGUAUUCACCAACUAACAGAUUUCUUUAUAUCGAUCAAGAAUGAUAGAAUACAAGAUUACGACACUAGUUUACCGUUAGUUUUUUUCGGUUUAGCUCUUGACAAUUCUUACAAAAACAAAUACAUUGUGCAACAAUUUCGUGACGUCACACUUUUGCGUUAAGAAGAACAAGCAUAGAAAUGCAUACAAAUUGUAAACAGAAAAGUAAACACUUUUGGAAAUUCCCAAAAUAAUAUUAAUUCUUUCGUCUUUGCAAGAAAAAUUUCAGUGGAAUGUUUAGAAUAUUGUUGCGAGAAAAGAUAUAUGUAAGUAGUUUUAGGCACAUCCACAAUAAAUAGAGUAGCAUGUGUGGAAAUUGUUCAAAUGAAGAAAACUAGUGAAGGUGUACUGUUGUAUUUAUUUAAAUUUCUAAGCAUAAAUAUAUUAAUUUUUUAAAAUGAAAUGUGCAGUGGCUUGUUGUAAUAAUUAUUAUGCAAUUAAAGGAUCGAAAACGAGUUUUUUCAGUUUUCCGGCCGAUUUAAAAGUUGCCAAAAAAUGGGUGUUAUUUUGCAAAAGAAAUGAUAUAUUUAAUACUAAAUCCUCUUUAAUUAAUUAAUUUCACAAUUCUUUUAUCAUAAUUUCAUACAUCUGAUACAUCUGAACUUAUAAUUGAUAAAAAAUUAAUAAGGAAUUUCAUUAAUUUCACAAUUUUGUAAAAGUUGUCGAAUCAAUUUCAAAUUUUUUUUAUAUUAAUUAAUACUAAAGUUUUGUAUUUUUUUGGGUGUAGCAGCAAACUCUCUCAUACUCCAACACAAGCACACAGUUUGGUAGUGUGCGUUUGGGCAUCACUGCUAUACAUAGAAGUAUUAUUGGGUAUUCGAAAAUUGGCAACAUUUUGUCAAAAGAUGUUGCAGUCGUACAUAUAUUUCCAGUACAACCAAUUUCAUUGUGUCAUACCAUAUAGUGUUUGAAGGCUUCAUAUAACCAAGUUAAAUUCGGGGAAAAUAAUUACAGCUGUUCAAAAAUGAGUGAAAAUAAUGAAGAAAUUCGCUUUAUUUUGAUAUUUUUGUAUAAAAAAGGGAAGAAUACAAUGCAAGCCACCAAUGAAAUUUUUGAAGUUUACGGAGAUGAUCACAUUGUAUUAACAAUGAAACAUAAUAAUAAAAGAACAUUCACUUCUAAGUGAACUAAAUUAAAAAAUUUUUGUUCUAAUAGGAUAUAGAAUGUUUAACUCGCGCGAGUUCCUCCUGGGGGACCGUUGGUGGUGCUCGCUACCUUCUCAGCUGCUGCACUCGACUUCGACUACAGUGCGUCGCUUCAUGAGACCAUGUCAUUAUCAACCUCUUUGGCAUGCUCCCCAAACAGCGACUGCUCCUCUGACGAGAGGAUAUAAGGAACCUGCAACUACACUGGUUUUAUUGACCUUCUCCUCGACUAUGGUCGUUCUUUACGACCCUUGGCAUAACACGGCGAGCUGUCGGGUCUAUGUUUUUGUAGGGGAACGUGAAGGUCCGCUGCGCCAAAGCCCCAUAACGCGGUAAUGCCACCAUUACUUGCCAAUUCGGCCGGUGUUGGGAAGCUUCUGUUCAGUCGAAUUAACCUCCUGGCUGCAAAUCAUUCAAUGGGCAUGGGAGUUGCAUAACACCCUGGAUUUGGAUGUGGUACUCUUCGUCUCAACCCUCAUGAGUGAUGCCAUGUUGCACCGCUCAUGGCGGAUAUACAUUGCAGUUAAGCUCCUGCACCACAACAAGGUACUUAUAAUUCAGAGAGAAGUAAACAUAGUAUAGUCAACCACGACAUCUACCCAAUGUCCCCGCAUAAGAUAAAAAACAAGUCUUACACCGCGACAUAAGGUUUUUGUACUCUAAGUUUGUAUAUGCUUAGUGCUGCCCGCACUAAGUUUGUAAAUGAAUUUAUUAUUUCUUCAAGACACAAUCAUCUAAUACGAAAAAAAAACAAUAAUAUUUCAUUAACAUUCUAGUGCUAACCAGAUAUGGUAUGAAUGAUUAAGAACUGCGAACUAGGGUUAUUUUAAUUCCAUCAGCGCAAUACCUUCCAUGUUGAUAUUUUAGUUCUUGUAGAAAUUGUUUUAUAUACAGUAAAUACAUGUUAAAAAAUAUGUUGGAAUUGUAAUGCAGGUAUAUAUUCUUCCUUACUGGCGUGGAAACCGUUUACGCGGUUAUAAACGAGUUUACAGCAGCGUGUCGCUUCUUCCUUUCGCAAGGUGCCGCAAAUUGGAGAUUCCAAGCGAAGCCACGUUCUUCUCCAUGUGGUCCUUCCAACGAAGUGGAGGUCUACUUCUUCCUCUACUUUUCCCGGCGGGGAACAGUUUCUCCAGUCACUUCAAACCAGAACAAUAAAUGUAUCAGAUUUUUCAAGUGUUUGCUUUUAGUUCAUCAACGCGGAGGCUUUUAAGACAUUAAUAGGUAUGAAUGGCAUAAAUAGUCAAGGCAUUGCGAUGAGUCCGUUGACGGAAUAAAUGUAAAAAGUGAACGAUUUGCCAAUGUCUGAAGGUGAUAAGAAAAAACUUGACGAAUAUAUUGAAGAAAUUUACAAUAAAGUGGGAGAAUUCGCGGGCGAAUUUAACAACAUUGAGUGUGCUGGACUUUGCUACUAAAUAUAAAGUAGCAUUAACGACAGUUGUGUACAAAAUGCUCAUUCGACAUUGCCUUAUUCAAACGUCAUAAUCAUGUUGAAAGCGGUAGCACCUAUACAAUAAAUAUGAUGAAAAAAUUUGCAUAUCUUAAUUGGAUGAAUGUCAGCUGGAGUGUAUCUAAUAGUAUAGCAUUAGUAAUACAGUUUUUUUUUUUAAUUUAAUGUAAAUACAAUAAAUUCAAUAAAAAAAUAA